AUGGGGACUGAGUGUACAUCUUUUCACAACGUUAUACAAAAAUCAUGUGAUGAUUUGUUAAAUGAGGCACAAGAUAUACGAAAUGUGUUUGACACAUUUAUAGAAAAAGAGCGUAAAAAUAAUAGAUUAAGACUGAAAGCUACUAUUUAUGUAUUACAUUGGUGUGCCUUUCAAGGAGUUGCAUAUAGAGGCCACGAUGAAGGAACAGAUUCCAUAAACAAAGGAAAUUUUCGUCAGAUGUUGAAGGCAAUUAGCGAUUUUAACACGAAGAUGGAAGAAUUGUUCCGUAUUGAUCCUAAAUAUGCAUCAUAUAUAUCACCGUCAAUUCAAAAAGAGGUUUUAAACCUUAUAUCAACUAGGGCGAGGAGGAUGAUUUGUGCGGAGAUUGAUGGUGAGAAAUUUUGUUUAGUUGUUGAUGAAGCACGUGAUCAGUCCAAUAAAGAACAAAUGUCAAUUGUUUUGAGAUUUUUAAAUAAAGAUGGCUUUGUUAUGGAGCGUUUCUUUGGGCUUGUUCAUGUACCUCACACUACAACACAAACUCUUAAGAAUGCGAUUUAUUAUGUAAUGUCAAAUAACAAUCUUGAUCUUAAGUCUAUUCGUGGCCAAGGGUAUGAUGGUGCAAGCAAUAUGCAAGGUCAUUUCAAGGGUUUUCAAGCAUUGAUUUCAAAUGAUUGUCCAUAUGUGUAUUAUGUUCAUUGUUUUGCCUAUCGAUUUCAAUUAGCAUUUAUGGAUGCUUCACAAGAAGUUAUUGCAUUACAGAAGUUUUUUACUCGAUUAUCUUUUGUUAUCAAUGUUGUUGGUGCUUCCUCCAAGCGUGUCGACCAAAUUAGAGAUGCACAAGCCAAGUAA